UGCAAGCAGCCAUUAUCAUUGUUUAUCUACCGUGUAAGCUACAGCACACGCUUCUCUGUUUGCCACAGCACAGACAUAGAGAGAGAGAGAGAGAGAGAGAGAGAGUAUUCAGAUUCCAGAAUUUGCGUCCCUUUAUAGAUCUAUCUUCCUUCAUCACCACCGACAAACCGACAAUCCGAUUUCUCUUCUCCGAUCUUAUCGAUUCAAUUUCAAGUUUGGAAUCAAAUGAUGUAACAGUUUAUAUUUCUGGGUAACGGGCAAUAGCAAUUUUGGGGAUUAGGGUUUUCAAGAAUCGGACCCACUUCCAAAAUUUGAGUGUGUUAUUCAAUUUUUGGGAUUUGGGUAUCACAAACAAAACCAAGAAGAGCAGUAAUAGAGCCUGCCAGUGGAAACAUUUGUGUUUGAGUUCCUGGAAAGAGGAAAAAAACAAAAAAACAGGAAGUUGCUUGGUGGAUGAAAUUGUAGUCUCGCUUGAGACUUUGACGAGCUAAUGGCGCCGAUAUACUAUCUCCUUGUUGCAUUACCUUGCACAGUUGGGGCCAUUGCUUUAGCGCUUAUCCACAUUUACAGGCACCUGUUGAAUUAUACUGAACCCACUUAUCAGAGAUACAUUGUUCGCAUCAUUUUUAUGGUUCCUGUUUAUGCAUUGAUGUCUUUCUUGUCGCUCGUCCUAAAUGAGAGCGCAAUCUACUUUAAUUCUAUCCGGGAAAUAUAUGAAGCAUGGGUCAUUUAUAAUUUCUUGGCAUUGUGCUUGGCAUGGGUGGGUGGACCAGGAGCUGUUGUGUUGAGUUUAAGUGGUCGGGUUCUAAAGCCAAGCUGGUAUCUGAUGACAUGCUGCUUUUCUCCCAUUCCGUUAGAUGGGCGCUUCAUACGGAGAUGCAAGCAAGGUUGUUUGCAAUUUGUGAUACUCAAGCCUGUUUUAGUGGCAGUUACAUUCAUACUUUACGCAAAAGGGAAAUAUCAUGAUGGGAAUUUCAGUGUGGACCAGUCAUACCUUUAUCUCACCGUUGUCUAUACAGUAUCGUACUCAGUGGCGCUAUAUUCGUUGGCCUUGUUUUAUGUGGCGUGCAGAGAUUUGCUUCAGCCAUUCAAUCCAGUUCCAAAGUUUAUCAUAAUCAAGUCUGUUGUUUUCUUGACCUAUUGGCAGGGUGUUCUUGUUUUUCUUGCUGCAAAAUCUGGAUUUAUAAGGGAUACAGAGGAGGCUGCUGAAUUCCAGAAUUUUAUAAUUUGUGUUGAGAUGCUUAUUGCAGCUGUGGGCCACCUUUAUGCAUUUCCAUACAAAGAGUAUGCUGGUGCCAAUAUUGGUGUCUCUCGUGGGUUCACAGCGAGCCUUGCGCAUGCUUUGAAGUUAAAUGACUUUUACCAUGACACAGUCCACCAGUUUGCGCCGACCUACCAUGAUUAUGUGCUCUACAACCAUGGUGAGGGUGAGGUGGGACCAAGGAAGUAUCGGGCACGGACCUUUGUUCCAACUGGUCCGGAGAUGGAUACUGUUAGAAAGAAUAAGCAUCUGUUUGGGAACAAGUUGGAUGAUGUACAGCUUUCUAGUCUUCCUUCUUCUGGUAAUACUACUCCCCAAAAUCUUGGUACAACGCACAAUACCAAGAAUUCCGAAGCAAUGAACUCUUCUUUGCUCAUGGAUGUCUCGCAUUCUCACAAUGUUCCCUAUGACCUAUCACUCAUUGAUGUAGACAUGGCCACUUAUUCUGCCAAGGUUCCUGCAGCUAAAGAACCUGGAACUAGGUAAUGAGGCUAGAAUUCCAAAGAGGAGUCUAGCAUUUUGAAGAAACCUUAGUUUCCUGGUUGUUUGAUGGUAUUGGUCUUGAUUUUCUUUAACUUGUGCAUGUUGAAUCCCUUGGUUCUCUCGAUCACUGAAGUUGCUGACUUUAGACUCUGUACAUGUAGGUAAAUAUGUGUCCCCUCCCCCCUGUUAUGACAGUUGUUGUUAUUGGUCUGUUUGUCGAUUGUUGCACCUUUCUUUAGCCGUUUGUAUUGUAGAUAUAAGAGUUCUCAAACUGUGGCCUCAUGAUUAUAUUGAACUCGAGACCACUAUAUCACAAGUGAAAAUAGGGUUUUGGCAUUGAAGUUUUUUGUUUUUGUUUUUGGUUUUGGUUUUGGUUUUUCUUUUUUGCUGGACAUAAGGGGGUGCUGAAUAUCAGUUAUAAUAGAUCUAGUAGUGUGUAUUUGAAUUUGGUCUUUAAGUUUCUCUGAGAUUGUGUACAUUAUUGUGGCAACUGUUGCAAUUGCUUUGUUUGGACU